AUGUAAAAAUGAGUUUUAAAUCAAAAGUUGUUGUUGUAACAGGGUCAAGUGGAGGUAUCGGGGCAGCUAUAGCAAUACUAUUCGCUAAGGAAGGCGCCGAUGUCGUUGUUAUUGGUAGGGAUGAUGAAAAACUUAAAAACGUUAAAGAACAAUGCGAAACUUACGGACGCACCCCACUCGUCUUAAAGGCAGAUGUAUCUAAAGACGACGAUGCCAAGAAAAUCAUAGCAGAAACAAUUAAUACAUUUGGCAGACUAGAUGUGUUGGUGAACAACGCUGGCAUUUUACGUAUGAGCAGCUUCGUAGAUGGCACAUUUUUGAGAAGUUUCGAUGAAAUAAACAACACGAAUUUACGCGCAGCUGCGCAUUUAAUACAAUUGGCGACUCCACACUUAAUAGCAAGUCAAGGGAACGUGAUAAAUAUAUCCAGUGUAGCUGGAAGACAGUUGGUAUGUUUUGAAUGUACAGCCUACGGUGUUUCGAAAGCGGCAAUGGACAUGUUGACGAGUGGAGCUGCGUUAGAACUUGGUAAGUACGGCGUGAGGGUCAACGCAAUAAGUCCGGGUCCAGUGAGAACCCAAAUAUUAAAAACAACCGAUGAAAACGCGAGUGUUCAACCAGAAUCAGUUCCCAUCAAAACUAUUUUGAAUAGAACUAGUGAACCAGAAGAGAUCGCAGAUCUAGUUCUGUUCGUUGCAAGUGAUAAAGCCAAGGGUAUCACGGGGUCGAAUUUAACCACCGACAAUGGCUAUUUGGUGAUACGAUAAAUGCGAGAGUGAUUUAUAAAUGAAUUAUUGAUUCUAUAUUU